AUGGCAGAAGAUAUGGCGAGCCGUUAUCAAGUGAUGGAGGAGCUGGGAAGCGGAAGCUUUGGAACCGUGUACAAAGCUAUUGAUAAACACACCGGAGAAAUUGUCGCGGUGAAACAUAUCGAUCUCGAAUCCAGCGAAGAUGAUAUCCAGGAGAUACAACAGGAGAUUUCCGUCCUGGCUACUUGCGCCAGUCCCUAUGUUACACAAUACAAAGCGAGCUUCCUGAAGGGGCACAAGCUCUGGAUCGUCAUGGAAUAUCUAGGAGGAGGAUCCUGUCUGGAUUUGUUAAAACCAGGAGUAUUCAACGAAGCGCAUGUCGCGAUUGUCUGCCAACAAUUACUGCAAGGCUUAGACUACCUACAUAGCGAAGGAAAAAUCCACCGCGAUGUGAAGGCUGCGAACGUUCUUCUCUCAAAUACAGGCAAAGUGAAGUUGGCAGAUUUCGGUGUCGCGGCACAGCUUGUCAAUAUCAAAUCACAGCGCAACACAUUCGUCGGCACUCCGUUCUGGAUGGCCCCUGAAGUUAUCCAGCAGGCUGGAUACGACUUCAAGGCAGACAUCUGGUCUUUGGGUAUCACCGCGAUCGAAAUGAUCAAUGGCGAGCCUCCACACGCCAACACGCAUCCGAUGAAAGUGCUCUUCCUAAUUCCCAAGAAUUCCGCUCCACGACUUGAGGGUAACCAGUACAGCGCCACGUUCAAAGAAUUUAUUCACCUAUGUCUGACGAAGGACCCUGAUCGCCGACCUAGUGCAAAGGAGCUGCUGCGACAUAAGUUUAUUCGGGGUGCUGGAAAGACCGACGGCCUACAGGAAUUGAUUCACCGCAAGCAAGAUUGGGACGCUGGUCGAGGAAUUGCGAAGGACAUGAAAUACUACGCGGAGACCCUCACAAAUAUGCCCAAGUCAAUGGUUAAUGAGGAGGAUGAUGACGAUUGGGUCUUUGAUACCGUCAAGGGACCACCAAGUAUGUGGGUUCCCAAGGGUAGAGACUGGAGUACAUUGGAUGAUGAAGAAUACGAUACCGACCCUGCCCAGCUGAUGGAGGACAUGCACCUUUCUCCACCACCGCCACCUCCGAAGCACCAGGCCAACUCUACCGUCAGACGAACCCCGGGUGCUGAACGCUCACCUUCAAUUCGUCGUACCAACACUAAGCGACGAUCCAGUGGCGUGAAACAGCCUUUGGGUGUAGAUCUAAGCUAUGGAAACAGCACAUCCACCGUUCGACACUUCCGCCGUGUGUCAGACAAAGCUCCUAAUGAGAACACCGUGAUCAAGACCCCACCUGGAUUUGAUGAGAAUAUCAGUCCUAAGCCUAUUUCUAUCGAUACAUCCAGCAAAGAAGCACAAUUAGGACGUCGCGCAUACAGCAAAGCAGUUGGACUUUCUUGUCAGGAAAUACUUUCUACUACUGCUGAUGGCGAGAAGCGUGAGGCUAUAUCUCGACUAGCCGAGGCCUUCAGCGAUCUGGAAAUGGUCGAUCCUGAAGGGCUCUACCACAUCAUCCGGUCCAUGAAUGACAAACUUCAAUCUGAUCCACGCCUUUGCUCCUUGCUUCCUGCAGAAAGGGACUCUGACUCCCCCAAGCAACAACGCCUUGUGCUAGCCCAAAGCAACCCCCACCUCAAACGCCACCGUCAACCGACACAAGCGAAUGAAUCUCCCACUUCACCUCCCGCCAAUCUGCCCGGCCAAAAUGUGACCGGCAUGGAACACACCAAACAGCUCUCCGAUGUUCUCUACCAACGAUGGGCAGAAGGACUUCGCAACCGUUGGGGAUACUAA